AUGCGUUUGCUCGUUGACUUUCUGCUGUGCACUGCCGCCUGUUUCGCCGUAGUGAAUGCGCUGGCGCCAGAUCCGGCACUUGGCGUAUCUGCUCAAGAAGACACCUCCAGGCGCUUGAUAUCCUUCGCACACGAGCAAGAGGAGGACCGGUCGCUGACCCUACAAGCAAUUCUGAAAAAUUCUAGAUUGACAUCACGCAUCAAUGAGAAAGCUAUGGCAGGCACUCAGCUACGCCAAGGGGUACACAUAAGUUUACCGACGGUACAACCUGAUGAUCUCGAUGAUCUAGCGUGGUCAACCAAACUGAUCGCAUCGAAGGCGAUCGCUCCGCUGAAAGAGCAAGCUACGAAGCAGCAGAUCCAGCUCCUUCAGCGUUAUUUGGACAAAGGCGAAUCCCCUACAGUGGUGUUCAAGUUACUCGCGCUCGACAAGAAAGCGGAUGGCAUCCUGAUGAACCGGGAGUUGAACACUUGGCUCAGCUACUCAACCUCAUUUCUACGCGAGUUUCCGAAUGAAACAAAAAAGAACGUGAGUUUACUCGACAUGCUCAUACUUCACUUUGAAUCCAGUGGUACCUCACGUAUACUCACUGCGUCCAAAGGAGAGAAACCCAAUCUGGCCAGUUUCUUGGAGCGUGAGCUGCUCGAGCGAUGGCACAGUAAGCUAAAGUCACCAGCUUACGUGUACAGGAUGCUGGGAAAACAAGCGCUACAUGAUUACCUGCGAUUGAUUCGUUCGGCCGAGCCUUCCCGCAGAUAG